AUGAGCAACCUCCAUGCGCCCACCAUCCCUUCAGGGCCCACCACGGCCCCUGUCACAAACGGAAAUGCAGCUCGACUCUCGAUCACCGAGCUCCAGCGCAAAAAGGACAAUAUUGAAGGGGAGCUGAAGGCUUUGGGUGGUGUCCUUGAUUCGCACGGCGUUGACAUGAACACGAGCCUCCUCACCCGCGAUGGGUUUCCCCGAGCCGAUAUCGACGUUGCACAGAUUCGGACCACAAGAGCACGCAUCAUCCACCUCCGGAAUGACUGGAAGGAUCUGAUGGCUCUCAUUGAAAAACGACUCCACGAACACUUUGCCAGUUUGGAGGACGACGAUAACGAGACCGCCGCUCCGACCAACGCUGAUAUUUCGAUACCGAGAGACACGAUACCCGGGACUCUGGACCGGCCCUUUGCCAAAGUCAAUACGGUUGUUGAGAACAGUCCGGCUGCUACGGCGGGGCUCAAACCUGGAGACCUAAUCCGGAACUUUGGUUAUGUCAACCACGAGAACAAUGACGGUCUCAAGAAGGUAGCUGAAUGCGUUCAGGGCAACGAAGGACAAAAUAUCCUCGUGAAAGUAUCACGAAGCAGUGGGACUUCACGGCCCCAGGAGCUCAGGCUGACAUUGACACCACGGCGCGACUGGGGCGGUAGGGGGCUGCUUGGAUGCCAUAUCCUACCGCUGUAG